UCUCUUUGCUGCCUCCUCUCUCCCUCAUCAAGACCACACCACAGCAGGCAUAGCCGUAGCUGAUGCUUCCAUCCGCAUAAAAACUGCGAAGAAACACAUAGAAAUGGCUCUUUCUCAGCUACCAAAAUUCACUCACUGCCCACCUUCUCUCUACAACACCCAUAUCAACCUCCCUCUCCUCACCAAGCUCAAACUACCAACCCUUACAAGACUCAAAUCCACACUAACCACAACAGAACCUAUACCCAUCACCGAAGCCCACAAUUUCUUGACACCUCAAGAAGAAACCCAAACCCAAUUUUCACUUGACAAACUAUUUAUCCCACCAGACACUGAGGUUUCAAUCAAUGAGAAUAGUGGUCUAAGUGCUAGAAUUUUGAAAGGGUCUAAUAUUGUGUUGAGUAAGUAUGCAAGGAACGCACAGGUUGUUCAAGCUGAGUUUAUUAAAAGUAGUGUCAGAACUGAAGAUUGUCCUUCUGAUGGUUUGCCUGAGUUUGCUCUUGUUGGAAGGUCUAAUGUUGGAAAAUCUUCUCUUCUUAAUUCUCUUGUUAGAAGAAAGAAACUUGCACUUACCUCCAAAAAACCUGGGAAGACGCAGUGCAUCAAUCAUUUUAAGGUCAAUGAUAGCUGGUACUUGGUGGAUUUGCCUGGAUAUGGGUAUGCAUCUGCACCUCAGGAACUUCGGACAGAUUGGAAUAAGUUUACUAAAGAUUAUUUUCUCAAUCGCUCAACCUUGGUCUCAGUUUUCCUUCUUAUUGAUGCUAGUAUUCCUGCAAAGAAAAUUGAUCUUGAAUAUGCCAGCUGGCUGGGUCAGAAUCAGGUUCCCAUGACAUUAAUUUUCACCAAAUGCGACAAGCGGAAGAAGAAAAGGAAUGGUGGGAAAAGGCCUGAAGAAAAUGUGAAUGAAUUUCAGGAGCUCAUACGCGGCUUCUUUGAGACAGCACCUCCUUGGAUUAUGACCAGUGGUGUUACCAAUCAAGGUCGUGAUGAGAUGCUACUGCACAUGGCUCAAUUGCGGAACUACUGGCUCAAACACUGAGAUAAAAGAAUGUGGAAUCAAAUAUGUUCCCACAUUCCCUGAUUGCCGCCACUCUCUAGCAAGUCCCACAGUGCUAACUAAUGCAAACGUGGUGUAAAAGAAAAACACAUUGGAGGGUAGAGCAGGACAGGUUGAGCGGUUCACCAUACAGUAUGUAGUGUAUCCUUGCUCCAGUGAUGAGAGGGCAGUGCUGGAGUGGCUGUAAGUUUCACUGGCUACAAAAAUGGAGGAGCUAUUACUUGACUUCAGUGAUUAUAAAGUUUGAGUUUCACUCUGGCACUGGUUUAACCAAAUAACUCAAGGAUUUUGCUGUUAAAGUUUGAUUAAGUAGUAAACUCCGGGGAUUAAAUGUUUUGAAAUGCACGAGUACAUGUAAUUUAUCUUAA